GGCAGAGUAUGAUACGAGUUGAGUUUUGAAUUCAUGUUGUUCCUGGCGCAUCGACUUUUAUCUAAUAACCUUUUUUCUUGCCACUUUAGUCAACCCUGCACUAAACUAACUAAAACCAACGAAACCAGCUUGAAGAGGUGCAGGCACAACGAUGGUUGGUGUCGUCACGGAGAGUCCGCCGAUGAGCGCAUUGACCCUCUAUUGAAGAGACCUGCAAAAUACUACAGUGCAGUAAUAUGUUGAUGGCAGAGGUUUGCUGUUGUUUCUGCAGCUCAAAGUCCGAUAAUUGAGUAGAUCGCUGACAAGAGCAACUUGCAUCUGAUGCCUUGCAGGCCAGAUUCACAGCCAAGUCAAGCAGGAGCGUGGGACGCGUUGUCGUGUCUGCAUUGCACUCCGAUGAUGCAUGUACCAAUGGUCAGCAGUGUUGCCUUUAGCUAUAGCGAAAAACCGCAACAAACUGCAACUAUAGUGCAGUACGAGCAAAAUUCACACACUUUGCCAUUUUGCCGUCUUGUUGCCAUUUGCUUCAACUUGUGCAGCUGAGCAGAAGUAAGCCAUUCGUCGCCGAACACUUGCUAUUUGUAUGCGGCAAAGUCUAGGUCCUUAUAAAGGGGAAGGGUGUAAUCCAUCUCUGUUUGAACUUCCUGGCGAUAUCCAGAGCUUCAAAGAGAAAAAGACGCAGGCGGCGGCCGAGAGGAGCGAGCCUCGAGCUGAGUUUCCUGCCCCUCCAAUACCUCGCAGAGCCCGUCGGACCGCGUGCAAGUGCCAGACCGUUCGCUAGGGAUCUACCGCUGGAGCUUCAUCUAAGCGCCCGCCCGCUGCACAGUGCUACAAGCCCCAGGAAUUGCGUGGCGAAGCUGCCGCCUCACUUGCCAUUUGCCAUGAGCGGCGGCGUGUCACAGACUCAGACGCAGCCGCUGGCUCGGGUCUAUUCGUAUGCGCUGCAUUCGCUCUCGGACACCAAGGACACUGUGCGUAUGGUGUUAAAAAAUCUGAUUCCGUUUAGACCUGGUGGUGGGUGUUGCUGAUUCUCUAACUUUAUGAUGUGAUGUGGUGUUGCGCAGCUGAUUCUGGUCUGCAUAGGCCUGUUGGAGGCGCUGGAUCGCCUGCAGGAGCGCCUGCACCUGCCCACGUCCAUAGUGAAGGAGCUGAAGCGCCGGCUGGCCACGAUGGUGAGCAGGUCGUCCGUGAGGCUGCAGACCAAGUGCCCGAGCGCGCGCGACCUGGGCGACGCCGUGGCUUCCAGCAGCGUCUGGGACGCCGCCACGCCCGACGAGGUGCGCGGAGUGGUGCACUGGGUGCUGGCGGUCACGAGUUCGCUGCAGAGGCUGGUGGUCAGCGCGUCGCUGGGCGUGUGCCAUGGCAUCUACGUGCUGAUCAUGAGUCUGCCGGGGGUCUCCACGGCCUGCUCGCUGUUCUAUGGACUGCUGGAAGCUGUGGAGGACACACUGAGGCUGUCCGGGGAGGAGAUUAUGGAGGCGGCGUCUGCUGGGGGAUCGGGAUCGGGCAGUGGACGUAGUCGAAGCUAUCACCAUUUGCACCACAGACACCACCGCGGUGCUGAAAGUUAUGUUGCUGACCCGAGCUGUACGUUGUGCUUUUAUUUUAUUACUUUUUAUUGUUUGUUUAUGAUGUGAUUAAUGAAGUGUUGCAUGGUGUUGUGGUGAUAGUGACCGCGGUGGUGUUGGAGUACAAAGAGAAGGAGUGCAUGGUGCCGUCGAAUAUUGACCGGAGGAUACGGCGCUUCAUGCACUUUCAGGUCCCGCUGCAUUCGUUUGAAGCUACUGUGCGGCUGCCUCCAGGUAACGUGCCAGUCACUUCUAACGUUAAUUGGAGCAGAACUACCAGCGAUGGAAGUGUUGGUGGAGGCAGCAGCCGAGCCCAGGAGGAGACGACUUCAAGCUAUGCUCACCUGAGUUCCGCGACACCGCGGUCGAUUCCAGUUUCGCCUAUGGCGCGCAAACGCGUGCAGCUUGCCUUCUCCAACUUUUCGGACGAUGUGUUAUAUCAAGUGCGUGAUCGACUGCGGCAAGAACGUGCGGCAACGCUAACGGGUGAUCGUGGCCUACGCGUACCAAGAUUCAAUCCGCACGAUUGUCACGAAGAUAUAUUUUUAUCCUGUGGGCGGCAUUGUGCUUCGAAGGAGGGCACAGGCAUGUAUCGCAGUGUGCGCGCUUCAGUACCGCUGCAGAAGAAUCGGUUCGUGUACUUUGAGAUGACGUUACAGCAAGGACGAACGCCGGCACGUGGAGUCAGCCAAAGUACCAACAGGUCGGAGAGCUUGCCGCAGUCAGCGCGUGGCUCAUCAACUGCAUUGGCCAGUGCAAGUAGUGGCAAUGUGAAUGACCGAGCAGGCAUCGAUGCAAGCGUCUGUAUUGGGCUGUCAACGCGUCUGAUGCCACUGAAUACGCUGGUUGGGGCGUCAAAAUAUUCUAUAGGAUUCUAUUCUGCUGGCCACGUGCUCGUAGGCACGGAGCGGCGACGCUCAAUAGGAGUUGGGCGGAAGUACGGGUUUCAAUCUACAGUUGGAGUUUUGGCCCAGGUAAUCGGCCAUUCGGACGAUGAGAACGUGGACGCACCUCCUGGAAGUGUAUCGCGGCCCGCAUCCUCGUCAUCGGCUACGAGUGAUUCUGGUGCUCCUGUCGGUGAAGCCUUUGUGCGUUUCACUGUGGACGGGAUAGCACUCCGCGAUAGCAAUAACCAAGUGAUGGAGUUCACGCUUCCGUUUCCGCCAAAAAGCGAGCUUUACCCGACGCUGACGCUCCACUCUCAGGAUGUGCACGUGUUUAGCCAAAUGUCAGCACCUGAUAUCACCCGGCUCAACUUGCAGGAGCUCGA